AUGGGCACCGUCUCUCCCGAUCAAAUCCAGGUGGAUCCACCUGCUGCUCCUCAGUUGGAGCCCUCAACUGAGGCCCCUUCUCCAUCGUCUCCCACCACUCAGCCCGCUUCUGGUGUCGCGUCACCUAGCUCCCCCCGCGACGGCACUUCAGCCUCGGAUUUAGGAGCCUCAUCUCCCUCUUCGGCAGUGCCCUCCGCGACGCCACCUCCACCUCGGCGCAGUAACCGAGUUCGAACUCGCCCAAAGCAUUUGGAUAUUUACUUCACUCCUAUGAUACCUGGCGACGACGCUGACCCUAGUCGCCAAGCCUCCGGAGCUAAGUAUCCUCUGUCUGAUUUCGUGUCAUAUGAUGAUGUCUCUUCUACUUAUCAUGCUUUUCUGGUUGCGGUCACUUCCCAUGAUACACCUCGCACUUUCUUGUAG